UUUAAUGAACCAGUGUUUCCUCUGAGUGUCCGUUGUUUAUUAUUUAAAUACUGUCUAAUUUUACGGUAAUGUCUUGUGUUAUUUGUGCAAAAUUUUUGGGAAAUAUUUAUUACAAUGGAAGUGUUAAAAAAUCAUCCAGAUGUCACAGCGUUCGCUAUCAGUGUUGCUCAUGAUGAAGGAAUAAAAACCUGUGCUAUAAUUGACGUAAAAACCAACGAAAAAGGUGAAGGAUAUCUAGGACAAAUAUUUAUGGUAACUGUUAAAGACACUAUUACUAACAAAGAAUUCAACUUUGUAAUAAAAUCAGCCUUCAAAGAUGAUAACAUUAGAAAAUAUGCACCCAUAAGGAAAAGCUUCUUGAACGAAAUUUAUUUUUAUGUGGAUGUGUAUCCACAGUUGAAGAAAAUAGAAACUCAAAACGGGGUUUCACCUAGCGACUUUGUGCCAAAAUGUUACAAAGUGUCGACCGAAGAAAAAACUGAAAUGCUGUGUUUGGAAAAUUUGAAGAUGUCGAAUUUUGAAAUAUUUGACAAGUCGUUAAUUUUGGAUGACGAGCACGUUAGUUUCAUUUUUAAAACUUACGGAGAUUUUCAUGCAUAUGGAUUUGCUUUAAAAGAGCAGCGUCCGGAAGAAUAUCUUCAGUUAACUAAUAAAUUGGACAAUGUGUACGCUGAGAUGAUCACUAACCCCGACGGGAGUUUCGACACAUACUUAAAAUCAUUUAAUACGCUUAUUGAAAAAUAUUUUGUGAUAGGAGAAGACGACGAGCUGAUUAGAAGAUAUGAAAAAUAUUUGGGUGAUGGUAUUGUUGAUAUUUUCAAGAGUCUUGUAACUGAAGAUUGUGAUUACUCAUCGAUUUUGCAUGGAGAUUGUUGGAGCAAUAACAUGAUGUUUAAAUAUGACGUGCACAACACAAGUAAAAGACUUACCACGAUUCGUUUGCUGGAUUUGCAGCUGGUGAAAACAGGAAGUCCUGUUUGUGAUUUGUCGUACUGUCUAUACUCAGGAGCGUCUAAAGAGAUUUUUGAUAAUUUAGAUAAAUACUUGAAAAUUUACUACGACAGUUUAUCUACGACUUUAAAUGAGUUUGGGCUUGAAUCAGAAAAAAUCUUUCCUUUUCAUGUUCUUAAAGAACAUUGGAAGAUGUAUGCCAAAUUUGGAAUGAUAAUGUCAUUAGUGAUUCUUAGAAUGAAGUGCACUAAUAAAGAGGAUUUGAUAGAUUUCACAGAUGACUUUGAAAAAGACAUGACUGAAGAACAAAUGGCUAAGUUAUUAAAAUUCAAUGAAGAUGAUUUUAAAGUACGAGUGAAAGAUCUUCUCAAACAUCUAUGUGAAAUAGAAGCUUUGUAAAAAAAAUAUUUUUACAAUGUGUGCAAUAUAAAUUAAAUAAAA